AUGCUUGAGGCUUUUGAAAUUCUAACCACCUCCGGUGUGGUGCUGUGGUCCAAAUCCUACGCUCCUGUGGGGUCGCAUGUCAUUAACAGCUUGAUCAACGACGUUUUUAUUGAGGAGAAAGUUGCGCCUCAAAGCGCCUCGGCCACAGGAGCUUCUCCGAUAUUCAAGAAGGAGAAAUACACACUUAAAUGGAAGCAGGUCAAGGAGUUCAAUUUGAUUUUCGUCGCUGUUUACCAAUCAUUGCUCCACCUUGGAUGGAUUGACAAACUCCUGGAAAACAUUUCAACGAUUUUCACCGACGUAUACAAGGAUCAACUUCUGGGAAACCGCAACAGGAUCACCACCUACCGUUUCGAGCCUUACUUUGAACAACAAGUGCGGGAGCUCGAGGACAACACCGGUGGUGCCUCAGAGGCCUACACCGUCGAAACUGGAGAGAAGAAGGAUUCGCUCGUCUCAUCAGACAAUGGAGGUCCACCACCGCCGCCGAUCCCUGGCCUUAUGAAGGCGCAGCAACAGACUGCGCUAGGCGGGGCUACCUCUGACGAGGGCACGCCACCGGCAACUCCUGAUAUUUCUAGGUCUUCAACUCCUCUCGCCGGUCACAUCCUCACCGGAAAAGCUGGACCGGGCGGCCGAGGCUCCCGUCGUUCGCGCAAAGCUGCGAAUGCGAGCGCCAAUGCUUCGUCGGGCGACGAGGUCUCUCGCAAGGCAAAGCCUGCAAAGGGCUCUGCCAAGAAGAUGCGCAAAUGGGACGACAGCGGAUUCGCCGAUGAGGAUGAUGGUGAGAUUUUGGAUUACUCUGCUCCGGCCGGUGAUGCGGAGGCUUCUGCUCCUGCAGUUGAGGCUGUUGCACCGGAGGACUGGGGUCGCAAAACUGGCAAGGGCCAGUUCGUCUUGAAGGACUUGGGUGAUGAGGUCCACAACAUUCUGGACAAUGCUGAUGCGGAAAAAAGCAAGGGGACUACAUCCUCCAGCUUCCUGGGUUCUGGCUUCAAUGCUGUUGGAGGCCUGUUCCGCAACAUUGUUGGUGGUAAGAUCCUUACAGAGAGUGACCUCCAGAAGCCACUCAAGGCGAUGGAAGAUCAUCUUUUGAAGAAGAACGUGGCUCGUGAAGCUGCUGUGCGUCUUUGCGAGGGUGUGGAGCGUGAAUUGGUUGGCAAGAAAACCGCAAACUUCCAGAGCGUGGAUGCCGCUUUACGCAUCGCCAUGGAAGCUUCCCUGCGAAAGAUCCUAACGCCAACAUCUUCCUUGGAUCUGUUGCGCGAAAUCAAUGCUGUGACCGCCCCGACCACCAAACAGCAAGCCCCUCGGCCCUAUGUCAUGUCUAUUGUUGGUGUCAAUGGUGUUGGCAAAUCUACCAACCUGAGCAAAAUCUGCUUUUUCCUCUUGCAGAACAACUAUCGCGUUCUCAUUGCUGCCUGUGACACCUUCCGUUCAGGUGCAGUAGAGCAGCUCCGCGUCCACGCCCGCAACUUGAACGAACUCAGUUCCCGUGAGAACGUAGGUAAAGUCGAGCUCUACGAGAAGGGCUAUGGCAAGGAUGCCGCCAAUGUCGCCAAGGACGCAGUCGACUAUGCUGCUAGCCAAAAGUUCGACGUGGUCUUGAUUGAUACCGCUGGCCGACGCCACAACGACCAGCGCCUCAUGUCUUCACUGGAGAAAUUCGCUAAAUUUGCAAACCCGGACAAGAUCUUCAUGGUUGGCGAGGCCCUGGUUGGGACGGACAGUGUUAUGCAGGCUCGUAACUUCAACCAGGCCUUUGGAACUGGCAGAAAUCUUGACGGUUUUAUUAUCAGCAAAUGUGACACCGUGGGCGAUAUGGUUGGUACUCUAGUUAGUAUGGUUCAUGCUACUGGUAUCCCCAUUGUUUUCUUGGGUGUUGGACAACAUUAUGGCGAUUUGCGUGGACUGAGUGUCCCUUGGGCUGUGGAUCUGUUGAUGAAAUGA